AUGCCAUCCACACGGUUGCCGACAACCGUGCGUCAACACUAUCGACACCUCCGUUUCGUGGACGAGAACUUCGACAUUCCGUCGUGCAUCGACGUUUUAUUCGGCGCAGAUAUUUUACCUAGUCUUAUCCGCUCUCACGCGGGUGUGGAGCCCCAUUCGGGUUUACCAUCAGCCCUCGACACCCAGCUCGGAUGGAUAAUUUUUGGUUCGUUUUCUACUCCGAGCAAGUCACCCCCAGUCACGCUGACCACCGCGAUCGCUCCGCCGUCAAUCGGAGAUCUAUUACAAUAA